AUGGAUAUUCUGGUUACUGAUAAUGGCAGUGAAGUGACAGAGUUCAUCCUGGUGGGUUUAUCUAAUCAUCCAAAAUACCAGAUUGCCUUUUAUUGUGCCAUGGUAAUCGUCUACCUGAUCACAUUAGUAGGUAACAGUCUCAUUAUCAUUGUGGUUAGACUUGAUAGGCGGCUUCACACUCCUAUGUAUUUUUUCCUAAGCAACCUGUCCAUCCUCGAUAUAUGUUACUCCAGCAAUUCAGUGCCUUUUCUGUUGUUUAAUGGCUUAAGAGACUACCCCACUAUUUCCUACAAUAGCUGCUAUGCCCAGAUGACCAUCGCUCUUUUUCUGGGGAUGACAGAGUGUCUCCUCCUUGCUGUCAUGGCUUAUGAUAGGUUUGUUGCAAUCUCAAGUCCCCUGCGUUAUACCAGCAUUAUGAACAACUGGGUCUGCAUACAGUUAGCCAUAGUGACCUGGGCCAGUGCCAUCCUUUUGGCAGUAAUACCAAUUAUUGCAAUUCCUGCCCGUUUCUGUGGACAUAAUAUCAUCAACCAUUUUACCUGUGAGGUGCAGGCCCUGUUGAAGCUCGUCUGCUCAGACACUCCAGGCAGACUUAUUCUGGGUUUGGUUAUCGGCAUAGUCACCCUGCCCCUGCCCUUCACCUUCAUCCUCAUCUCCUAUACUCGAAUUGUGGUCGCUGUACUGAGGAUCCACUCUGCAGGGGCCAGGCUCAAAGCAUUAUCCACCUGUGGAUCCCAUUUGACUGUUGUCACCAUAUUUUAUGGGUCGGCCAUCUACAUGUACUUGAAACCCCAGUCAAAGGAAUCCCAGGACCAGGGGAAAAUCAUCUCUGCAUUUUAUGGAGUUAUUACUCCUAUGUUGAACCCCCUUAUUUACACCUUGAGGAACAAGGAUGUGAAAAAUUCUCUAAGAAAAUUAAUUAGGAAGAAAGAGUCCUAA